UUUACCACUACCCACAAACAAAACGCACACACACGAAAUAGUUUGACCGAUGGUCAGCAUCGGGGGGCGGAGGCGGAAAAAUCGCGCGAAAUCCGCCCACCGAUAUGUUCCGACGUUGAAAAAAAAUUCGCGGAAGAUGGGAUUCAUUCACAAGUGCAUUUUGUGCUUGUUGCUUUACAAAUGGCAGGACAAAAUCAACCACUACGAAACCAAGCUGCAGAGGAAAGGUUUCAAAGUGUACUGGAACUCACCGACCUUCCAAUGCGACUCGCACAAACAAAACUUUUCGCAACUCCUUGAGAAGUACGGCAUCGUCCAAAACGCAAACGCCAGAUUUCGAGGCGAUAACAUCACUAUUUUGUACGAUCCAGGAAGCUUUCCCGCCAUCCUGAAAGACGCAGGUGACCGUCUCUUUUUAAGGAAUGGCGGAAUACCUCAGCAGGGAAACCUGACGCUACACUUGAAUUUGUUAAACGAAAUCGUCGAGCAGCUUAUACCAAACACAUUUUUUUCUGGAAUCGCCGUAAUCGACUUUGAAAGUUGGCGGCCCGUGUUCCGGCAGAAUUUCGGCACCCUCUUACCGUAUCAGGAAAUCUCGAUCGGCGAAGAACGCAAAAAUUAUCCGAGCUGGCCGAUAGCGUGGCUGAAAAAGGAAGCAGGUCGAAGGUUCGAAGAAGCGGGUCGCACGUUUAUGACGGAAACUCUCAGGUCUGCGAAACGGCUCCGUCCUAACGCCACGUGGGGUUACUACGCCUACCCUUAUUGUUUCAACAUGUCGCCCAGUAACAUGAAACGAGCUUGUGCCAAGGAAGCGCAACAAGAGAACGACAGAACGACUUGGUUGUUUAACCUCGCGGAUAAUUUUUAUCCGUCGUUGUAUUUGGGGGACAAGCGACUGAACGCGACGGACAAAAUCCAGUUAGUACAAGGACGGUUGGACGAAGCGCUCAGAUUGAGGAAAGCAUUGAACGCGCCGUCCAAGCAAAUUUUACCUUACUUUUGGUAUAAAUACCAAGACACCCUCGAAUUUCUCAGGAAGGACGAUCUUCUCAAUACCCUGACAGUAUUAGCAGGUUCCAAUGUCGACGGCGUCAUUUUGUGGGGAAGCAGCAACGACGUGAACACCAAAGCCAAAUGUCAACAGUUGUACGCGUACCUCGACGACAUACUCGGACCUCUCAUCCAAAGAAUUUAAACAUCCGUUCGCGUUGUAAUAUUCAUUAAAUUUUUAUUUAUUUUCACGUCAAAGUUUAAUAUAUUUUAUG